ACACAACAACCAUAAAAACGGUUUGUGCCCCGGUCCACCGACAGCACACUGGCCUCUGUUGGACCAAUUAACGGACCCGUCUGUGCACUGCCCCGCCGAGCGUGCUUUCUUGGCCUCUGCUCGUGUUUGGACAGUCAGCAGCGGGACAAAAGUUGAAUCAGGACAGGCACUACCAAGUGUAGGCUACAAUGGGGUCGUCUGGGGCUCUAGUCUGCGCCGCCGCAUUUGUCUUGGUUCUACUCAGCUCAGCAUCCAAUGAUGAGCGCAACUUUGAGCAGCGUGAAGUCACCUUUGACAUAAUCAUGCAAGAAAUGCAACAACCAGAUAUCUUGACGGAUCUCUUCGAUCCCAUGGGGGCUUCCAGACCAGGAGUCUUGACACCUAGAGGAAGUCAACCAAGGUUUUGGCCCCGUUCCUUUGGUGGUCCUCCUAGCCUUGAAUAUCCUGUUCAGUUCCCCCUUGGCCGACCAACCUCCGACAAUCUCCAAGCCAUCUGUCUCCAUGGAGACCAUCGCCCCCGCUACCCAAACUCUUACUUUCCUCCCUCUGGUUUUGGCAAGCAGGUACGAAAAGCCAGUGCUGUUAAUAUGGCGGAGUCCUGGUUUAGCAUGUGCUGCAAAGGGAACCAGACUUGGGAAAGGGAACUGACUCUGUGUUGCGCCACACAGGCGUGGGAGCUGUCAGUCCAAUCCUUCUGUGAGGAGGACUCGUCCGUAAAGGAUCGUCUUUAUCACUGCUGCAGACAGAUGGGCAGGGACAGGCUGAACUGCUUCCACAACGACGCUCCGAACCCAAACUAUGAGGCAACAGAGGAGCUGCCGGUGCCGCCGCUUUCCUCUACCACCAACUUCAGCUUCGACCCUAACACUUGCCAGAGGACAGUAAUAACUCUGUACCGUACCGGAGAGAAUGGAAGAAAGGAGAAGAAAAUUGACAUCCGCUUUCCUCCCGGACGACCCACCGCUGACGUCAUUGAAUCACUGUGUCGCGACCAGAAGUUACGCCCCCUCUAUAAAGCCAAUUGCAUGCCAGGUGAAGGGUACAAAUGGGUGGCUCGUCAGGCAAAAGCCAUUAAUCGUAUAGAGAAGGGAUUCAAACAGUGCUGCAAAAAGAAGCAGGAUGUGCUCAACUGUGCUGAUCUGAAGUGGCGUGAUGAACUUAACAAGUAUUGCAUGGGCGAGAACGGUGACGUUGUGCAUUCCCGCUGUUGUUCCGGUGAAUUGGCAAAUGAUCGAUACAGCUGUUUCCAAGACAUUUCUCCUGACCCAUAUUAUAAUAGGACCUCUGUCGCUGAAGAGCUCUCACUUAACAAACUCUGUGACUAUCACAAGAUCAUCAAAAACAAGUUUCCUGUUGGUUUUCCUCUCAAGAGCUUUGUAGGCCAAUGCUGCCAUCGCCCGCUUGACGUCGACAUGACUAUUUGUUUUCUGCAGAGUCUUGACCAAAUGUCAGAGACCUGUUCAUCAAGGAAGGCCUCCCCUCCAGCUGUCCGUCGCUGUUGCCGCAUGUCUUCACCUCAACAGUGUAUCUCCAAAAUUCUCAUGGAUGCCAUCACUAAAGCAACCGUCUUUAGCCAGAAGAAGAAUAAGAAAAGGUGCCCUCUCGCCUAAACACUUAUGACCUUUUGCUGCUGACCCUUCUGGCACUAGGCCAUUCAGGGAACUGGCAGCAGAGGUGAACAGGAAAUGUCGACGUCUGUAAGAAAAUGUGGGAAUUCUAUCUUCAUCUACUGCCAGUCUUAUUUGCAUUUUUUUUUUUAACUGAAAUCACAUGAGAUGCAUUUUUCUGUGUCACUGUACCACUAUUUGUUAUAGGCUGCUGUUUACAUAUUUGAUUAUGAAUGCAUUAUAUUGAUUUAUUUGGAGCUGCAAGAUCAGUUACCUUCUUUUUAUAUGGUUUUGUGGUUAAGAUCAUAUCUACAACAGUUGUAAUAAAAACGUUUUUAGAGGUU